AACACAAGUUUCGAAAGGCCAAAUUAAAACAGAAAACAGCUCUUCUCUUCUGUUUCUCACGAGUCAUGAUUUAUCAAUGGACUAUUAUUGAUUUAUCAUUUGACAAAACCUUACAUAAGGAAGCAGUCCUUCUAUUUUUUAGAAAAAAAGAAAAGAAAAAGAAAAAUCGAAUCAUUUUCAUUCCCCUUUCUCUCCAUUUCAAUCAAGUAAUCUCUCAAUACCUUUCCCUUAAUCACAAGGAAAUCUAUCUCUUAAACCCUAAAUUAUUCCCUCUUUAUUUCAAUGUAAUAUAAUUCAAAUCCUCUUCGAUCGAAACCGGAUACAAAAUUUUCUUCAUUAAGCUUGUAUGUAGAGGAAAUGCCAAGUGUGGCAGUGAAAUUAUACAGUGUAUUCUUCAAGUUUAUGUUAAAGCAUCGGUUGCAGAGCCGAAUCCAAAUCGACGACACAAAUGGGCCGAAUAAUGGUAGCUCUUUCGGCAUCACAUCUCGGCCCAAUGAGGAAUCCAUUACUGCUGCCAAUCCUUUAUUCACUGACGGUGUUGCCACUAAGGACUUACAUGUAGAUCCCGCCACCUCUGUCUCUAUUCGAAUCUUUCUCCCUGAAACCUGUCUUGGUUCCCCAGAUUUGGAGUCUAAAUCUAGGGUUAGGGUUUCGACCCGACCGGGAUCAGGAUCCGACCCAAACCAGGCUCUCAUUUUACGUCGAAACAGCUAUGGAUAUUGUACUACUGAUAGUGUGAUAGAGAAUCAGAAAAAUUAUAAUAAGAAUGGUUUUAAUAGUUUUAAUCAUAGGAGAAAUAGCUAUGGUUGUAAUGUUGUUGAUGAUUUAGGUUUAAAAUCUGAAAAUGGGGUUUAUAGAGGGUAUAAUCCAGCUGGCAGAAAAAAUUGCAGGAAAUUGCCGGUUAUGUUGCAGUUUCAUGGUGGGGGGUUUGUGAGUGGGAGCAAUGAUUCCACCGCGAAUGAUUUGUUCUGUAGACGGAUAGCGAAGCUAUGUGAUGUUAUUGUUUUAGCUGUUGGAUAUAGGUUAGCGCCCGAGAAUCGCUAUCCAGCAGCAUUUGAGGAUGGACUGAAGGUGCUGCAUUGGCUGGCGAAACAGGCCAAUUUGGCUGAAUGUAGUAAGUCGGCGGGGAGUAGACGUGGAGGAGGAGGGGCGGAUUUGAGGAAGUCGGAUGCUUACGGGCAUAUAGCUGAUGCAUUUGGAGCAUCGUUGGUGGAGCCUUGGUUGGCUGCUCAUGGAGAUCCAUCAAGGUGCGUCCUCCUAGGAGUGAGUUGUGGGGGAAAUAUAGCUGAUUAUGUGGCUCGGAAAGCUGUAGAGGAAGGUAAGCUUUUGGAUCCAGUGAAGGUGGUGGCGCGGGUUUUGAUGUAUCCUUUUUUCCUCGGAAGUGUUCCAACACAUUCCGAGAUUAAGCUAGCAAAUUCCUAUUUCUAUGACAAGGCCUUGUGCACACUUGCCUGGAAAUUAUUUCUACCUGAAGGGGAGUUUGAUUUGGAUCAUCCUGCUGCUAACCCGCUUAUCCCUGGGAGAGGACCUCCAUUAAAGUGGAUGCCCCCAACACUAACAGUCGUAGCGGAGCAUGACUGGAUGAGAGAUCGGGCCAUCGCUUAUUCAGAAGAACUACGGAAGGUAAAUGUUGAUGCUCCUGUCCUCGAGUACAAGGAUGCAGUUCAUGAGUUUGCAACUCUUGACAUGCUUCUUAAGACCCCUCAAGCUCAGGCUUGUGCCGAGGACAUUGCCAUUUGGGUUAAGAAAUAUAUUUCGCUUCGAGGUCAUGAGUUCUCAUAUUGAUUCAGAUAGAUGGUCCUGUACAGCAGUUCGUAUGUGACAUAAUGAUACCUGGGAUUUGAGGUCUCCUGUAUCUAGCUCUGAAAUUUCAGGCAUAUUCUUUCAUCCUCCUUGUUGUGUUCCUCUUGUAAUAUAGAUGACUUACCGGAAAUAGAAUUUAGUUGAGUUUGAGCCGCAUAUAUGUGACAUAAGCAUGCUUGUUUGAUCAUGAGUAAUUGCCAAAAUUUUGAAGAAUUCUGUUUUUUCCCCC